AUAAGGGAACACGACAACAAGUAGUAAGUUACAGGUUACAGCAUAAAUCAAGAAAAUCUAGGGCCAUGAAAUACUCUAGUGGUCUAGUGCUUCUGAACAUGGCAAGAAUGCAGGCCAUAGAUCUCGCCACCGCGCAGCCACUCUCUCUAACAGUUGGGUCCCAACCUCUCCUGUCCCACUUGGCAUUGUCACCAAGCUGCCGCAGCUUGCCACCAAUGGGGAGCGCCAGAGCGGCCGCCCGCGUCCCUUUGUCUAUCCAAAAGCGGUGGAGCUCAUCGCCACCAUCCAAUCGAAGCGCACAAGACAAGAGCCCCGGCCCCCGGUUGUAGUGGGCUAGUGGCUGGCGCUGGAGUCUCCUCCACUCCUCCAAGCUUCGGCCGACGCUCCCUUCACCUGCUCCUUCUCCUCCAUCAGGUGCAGUUUGCAUUAUCCCUGGAUCUCACUGAUUAGUCGCAUGUGAGCUGAACUUGCUUUUCUGAAAAUUGGAACUUCAGUACAAGUUUCAGAUAGGAUUCAGGGAGAAAUGAUCUCUUUUAACAAUUUAUUUGGGAGCUCGCUGCAGCCUUCUCUCAAGUUUUACAGAAAAUGCCUGACAAAUAACCCAUAUUUUGCGCUGACCAUGCAUUCAGUUACAAAGCCCUUGGGUACAGCUAUGAUGGUGAAGAGGGCACGUUUGAAGCCGCAUGCCACAGACAUGAAGCGGAACCCCCAGGUACAUGAGCUUUACGAAUUGGUUUAUAGACUUCCAGAGAACCUUAGCUGGCUGUUGGCACCACCAGAAGUUCCUAAAAGACCUACCUCGAAGAAGAAAAAACAAAAGGAUGAAAUAGUGACUAGUAACAGCUUUGGUGUGAUCUUGGAGUGGGAGGGAGUUGUUGUGGACGAUGAUGAUCCAGACUUGGAGCCCCGGGUUUGGUAUGUUCUAUCACUUGAAGAGGGAAAGUCUUUCCCUCCAGAUGCAUUGCUGAAGAAAAUUGAGGGAAUGAGAACUGACCAGGCUAUUUCAGAAGUCUUAUGUUGGUCAGAAGAUCCAGCAGAAAUUCAAAGGUUGGCAGCACACAAGGAGGUAAUAUAUCAAACACUCAGAGGUGGAUACUACCAGCUGCGAUCAGGUGUGCUUGAUUUCUUGAACACCCUUGUGGGUUUGGACAUUCCAAUAGCAAUUGCAACUCCUCACUCAAGGAAGAGUCUCGAAGAAGGGAUUAAAACUGUUGGUCUGCAAGGCUACUUUGAUGCUAUAAUUGCAUUGGAGGACUUCUGCCUAGGGAAACCUGAUGGUGAGAUGUUUGAGGUCGCGGCAGAGCAACUUGGUCUGGAGCCAGAUGUUUGUGUUGUGUUUGGUAACUCAAACUUGACGACGGAAUCUGCACAUAACGCUGGGAUGAGGUGUGUGGCAGUUGCAGGCCGACACCCUGCCUAUGAGCUCCAAGCAGCAAACCAUGUUGUGAGAUGGCUUGACCAACUCUCUAUUGUUGACUUGCAGAGGCUUGCUAAUGGUGAAGUUAUUGGUCGCAGGGGUAGAGAAUCUGACAUGGAUAUGGAAAUUGUGAUUGAGGAAUGAUGCUUCUGCAAACAUGACGUACCAAAUAUAUCGUUGUACUUAUAAUCUGAUGUAGCGUAAGUACUGCAUUACAUUUUGUAAACAGGCCAAGCAGGGCAAGAUCAGGACUAAUGAUAGUCCUAAGUUUGCAUUACCUUCUUGGUUUGCUUGUGACGCAUUGGAAUUCAUUUAGCCUAAAACACUUAGUCAUUAGAGUUGGAAGUGAUGAAAUUGCCAUAUAUGAACUUGGGAGACGUGUGCAGGACAGACACAAGAUUGUCAGUUGACUUACGUGUUCCUUCUUCA